AUGUAUCGUGCCUAUUCCCGAAGACGACCCCCAAUCCGCCUAAGCCGGCUACUCCUCUUGGUCUCAGCAUCUAUUUCUCUAUACCUUUUCUGCUUCACCAUUUUCGGCACAAACAGCAAGUGGAUCGGCGAACCGUAUGCACCCCUGCAAACAUUUAAACUUAAAGAAACUGACCUGGAGCUUAGACGAAGCAGCACAGACCAAGCUCAACUUCAAAUUCCGCGAUCACAACCAGUUCCCGAUCCGGGUGUCCCUUGUAUUCCCGGCCUCCCAAACAUCCCGGCGAAGAUCUGGCAAUCUGCCAAAUCCGAGAACCUUUCCACGAAGCAAAAAGCAUGGGCCUCCACCUGGCUGGAAAAAAAUCCUUCCUUCGAGCACGAGCUCGUAACCGACGAGACAUGGAACCAGUAUGUGGAGAAGAAAUAUGGAGCGAUACGCCCUGACAUCGUAUCGCUGUUCAAGGGCCUUCAGGUAGCGAUUCUCAAGGCUGAUCUGCUGAGAUAUCUUAUUCUUCUGGCCGACGGCGGGAUCUGGAGCGACAUCGACGCCACUUGCGCAAUGCCCGUUGCAGACUGGUUGCCAGCAGAUGCCAACGAUGUGAUGUUUGCGGGAGGAAAUGUCACAUCUCACACACCCUGGUCGGAGGGAAUAGGGCUCAUUGUUGGUCUUGAAUUCGACGGUGAAUGGGAAGGCGAGGGCAGCGGGCUAUCCUCCCAGUUGACGAAUUGGGUCUUUGCGGCGCGUCCCGGUUCACGCCAUCUGCAGUUAGUUGUGGAUGAUAUCGUUCGAAACCUUAAUGACAUUGCGUUGGAGAAUGGGGUCACUGCAGAAGGAAUUACGCUGGAUAUGAUUUCCGAUGUUGUGGAAGUUACGGGCCCGUGGAGGAUGACAUUGGGAAUUCUGGAGAGCUUAAGCUGUAUGUUGGGGAGGCGUAUUGAUGAGCGAGAUUUUUCUCGCGGGAAAAAGCCGAGAGUUUUGGGGGAUGUGGUUGUCAUGCCUGGUAAUGCGUUCGCAGCGAAGCAAAAUGGGUAUCCGACGGGACAGGGGCCGGUGCUUGUUACGCAUCACUAUGAGGGGUCGUGGAAGGUCCUGGCGCGUCAGGCGAAGCACAGAAGGAAGAGAAAGAUGAUGGAGACGGAGGCAAGGAGGAAGACGGCGGACUGA